GGGCGCGCCCGCAGCCAAUUAAGGGGUCUCCGGGUGCUGCCGGGGAGCGGCAGGUGGAGCCGGGCCGUGGGUGGGCGCGGGGCCAGGUCCCGGGAACGCGUCCGGGGCUCGCUGGCUGGGCCGGAGUGCGGCGUGAGCGGCGCGGGCAGGCGGGAGGCGGCCCCGGGGACGGGACCGAGCGGGGGCGGGGACCGCUCGCCGCCUGCGCGGUUCCGGGUGCUCCCGCCGCGCGCAGCCCGGGGCGCACUUGACCGGGGUCGGGCUGCGGGGGAGGGCGGGUCUGGGGAGAACCCCCGAGCGCCGCGGCGUCCUCCAGCCCCUCCUCCUCGCGGCCGCCGGAGCCACAGCCCGAGCCCGAGCCGGAGCCGGCGCCACCUCGCCCCCCGGCUCGCGCGCCCCCAGCCAUGGCUUUCGCCAAUUUCCGCCGCAUCCUGCGCCUGUCUACCUUCGAGAAGAGAAAGUCCCGCGAAUAUGAGCACGUCCGCCGGGACGUGGACCCCAACGAGGUGUGGGAGAUCGUGGGCGAGCUGGGCGACGGCGCCUUCGGAAAGGUUUACAAGGCCAAGAACAAGGAGACAGGUGCUUUGGCUGCCGCCAAGGUAAUUGAGACCAAGAGUGAGGAGGAGCUUGAGGACUACACAGUGGAGAUCGACAUCCUGGCCACCUGUGACCACCCCUACAUCGUGAAGCUCCUGGGAGCCUACUACUAUGACGGGAAGCUGUGGAUCAUGAUCGAGUUCUGUCCUGGGGGAGCUGUGGAUGCCAUCAUGCUGGAGCUGGACAGAGGCCUCACGGAGCCCCAGAUUCAGGUGGUUUGCCGCCAGAUGCUGGAAGCCCUCAACUUUCUGCACGGCAAGAAGAUCAUCCACCGGGAUCUGAAAGCUGGCAACGUACUGAUGACCCUCGAGGGAAACAUCAGGCUGGCUGACUUUGGUGUGUCUGCCAAGAAUCUGAAAACUCUGCAAAAGCGAGAUUCCUUCAUAGGAACGCCUUACUGGAUGGCCCCUGAGGUGGUGAUGUGUGAGACCAUGAAGGACACACCGUAUGACUACAAAGCCGACAUCUGGUCCCUGGGCAUCACUCUGAUUGAGAUGGCCCAGAUUGAACCCCCACACCAUGAACUCAACCCCAUGCGGGUCCUGCUCAAGAUUGCCAAGUCGGAUCCCCCCACUCUGCUCUCGCCUUCUAAGUGGUCUGUGGAGUUCCGCGACUUCCUGAAGACGGCCCUAGAUAAGAACCCCGAGACGCGGCCCAGUGCUGCGCAGCUCCUGGAGCAUCCCUUUGUCAGCAGCAUCACCAGCAACAAGGCCCUGCGGGAGCUGGUGGCCGAGGCCAAGGCCGAAGUGAUGGAGGAGAUCGAGGAUGGCCGGGAGGAGGGGGAAGAGGAAGAGUCCACGGAUGCCACCUCUCCUCUGGGGAACCAUACUCGAGACUCUUCUGAGGUGAGUCAACUGAGUCUCAAUACCGACAAGCUUCUCAAAGAAUCAUCCUUCACCCCAGUGCCACCCAGCCAGCCUCAGGACAGUGUGAAUGGGCCGAGCCAGCCCUCUGGGGACAGAUCCCUCCAAACCACCAACCCCCCAGAUGUGGCUCCUGGAAAUGAGACUGGCCUGGCAGUGCCAGCACCCUUCCGGAAGUCCCGGCCAGUGUCCAUGGAUGCCAGAAUUCAGGUGUCUGAGGAGAAGCAAGUCGCUGACCACGGCGGGGACCUCAGUCCAGCAGCCAGCAGGUCCCAAAAAGCAAGCCAGAGCCGUCCCAACAGCAGUGCCCUGGAGACCUUGGGUGCCGAGAAGUUGGCCAACGGCAGCCUGGAGCUCCCUGCCCAGGCAGCCCCGGGCCCGUCCAAGAGGGACUCAGACUGUGGCAGCCUCGCCGCCUCCGAGAGCAUGGACUACAACACCUCCCUCUCAGCCGACCUGUCCCUGAACAGAGAAACAGGCUCUCUGUCCAUCAAGGACUCAAGGCUGCACAAUAAAACCCUCAAGAGGACACGCAAGUUUGUGGUGGAUGGUGUGGAGGUGAGCAUCACCACCUCCAAGAUCAUCAGCGAGGAUGAGAAGAAGGAUGAGGAGAUGCGAUUUCUCAGGCGCCAGGAGCUCCGAGAGCUUCGGCUCCUCCAGAAAGAAGAACACCGGAACCAGACCCAGCUGAGCAGCAAGCAUGAGCUGCAGCUGGAGCAGAUGCAUAAACGUUUUGAACAAGAAAUCAAUGCCAAGAAGAAGUUCUUUGACACGGAGCUGGAGAACUUGGAGCGUCAGCAGAAACAGCAAGUGGAGAGGAUGGAGCAGGACCAUGCCGUGCGCCGCCGGGAGGAGGCCAGGCGGAUCCGGCUGGAGCAGGAUCGGGACUACACCCGGUUCCAGGAGCAGCUCAAACUGAUGAAGAAGGAGGUGAAGAACGAGGUGGAGAAGCUCCCCAGGCAGCAGCGGAAGGAGAGCAUGAAGCAGAAGAUGGAGGAGCACGCACAGAAAAAGCAGCUUCUCGACCGGGACUUCCUGGCCAAGCAGAAGGAGGACCUGGAGCUGGCGAUGAAGAAGAUCACGGCUGACAACAGGCGGGAGAUCUGUGACAAGGAGCGCGAGUGUCUCACUAGGAAGCAAGAACUCCUUCGAGACCGGGAGGCAGCCCUGUGGGAAAUGGAGGAGCAUCACCUGCAGGAGAGGCACCAACUGGUGAAGCAGCAGCUCAAAGACCAGUACUUUCUCCAGCGGCAUGAGCUGGUGCGCAAGCACGAGAAGAGCACACGUGGCCUCAGGCCCGGCUGGCCACCCCCCCAGGAGCGGGAGCAGAUGCAGCGCUACAAUCAGCGCAUGAUGGAGCAGCUGAAGGUGCGGCAGCAGCAGGAGAAAGCACGGCUGCCCAAGAUUCAGAGGAGCGAGGGCAAGACGCGCAUGGCCAUGUAUAAGAAGAGCCUCCACAUCAACGGCGCGGGCAGUGCCUCUGAGCAGCGCGAGAAGAUCAAGCAGUUCUCCCAGCAAGAGGAGAAGAGGCAGAAGUCGGAGCGGCUGCAGCAGCAGCAAAAACACGACAACCAGAUGCGGGACAUGAUGGCACAGUGUGAGAGCAACAUGAGCGAGCUGCAGCAGUUGCAGAAUGAAAAGUGUCACCUCCUGGUAGAACAUGAAACCCAGAAGCUGAAGGCUCUAGAUGAGAGCCAUAACCAGAACCUGAAGGAAUGGCGGGACAAGCUUCGGCCACGCAAAAAGACAAUUGUGUUCCCCCCCAACAAACUAAUGGUUUGUGGCAACCCCAUGGCUCUGGAAGAAGAUCUGAACCAGAAGAAGCGAGAACAGGAGAUGUUCUUCAAAAUGAAUGAGGAGACAGAAUGCCUGAACCCUACCACCCCAAAUAAGGCCACCAAGUUCUUCCCCUACAGCUCUGUGGAUACUUCUUAACAGCCAGCUGGAGCUGUGGCUGGCAGGGUGGGGGGCUUCCAAGGCCCACCCAUCCUCUGUGAACAAGUAACUCAGGACCCCCCUUCCCUCUUGCUUCCAUGAUAACUUGAAUCCAGCCCGUUGCCUUGUGCUACCCCAGCUGUGCCCAACAGACCCAUCCUAGUGUUCCUUAAUUCUCGCUCACUUAUGGAGGGCGAGGUUUUAUUAUGUGUGGCCUGAUCCUAAUGUAUGUCCUGUUCGAGCCCCACAUCUCUUCAAGUUGUCAGUGAUCUGGGCUGCUAGUGGGGUCAGGGUCCAGGAGGAAUGGUGUUCUGCAGCCUUGAGGCCCUCUUGUUUGCCAGAACACCGGUUUUGCUGUCUGUGGGCACAAAGUGCUGCCACUGGUUAUGAUGAGUUUGUCCAUAUUGUGAUUCUUGCCAGCUUUUCAGCCAUUCCUUCUAGUAUCAGACAAAAACCAUGACUCUUCACAGCCCUUUUGGUUCCUAGUGAAGCCCACCCUGCAGCCAGCUGCUCAGGGGGUGCCCUCAUCCUUCCAGUAACCCCCGAUUUGCUUUUCUCUUGAGACAAGGCCGUAUCUACAACAGUGGGAUGGAGGAGAGCCUGAACUGUUCAUUCUGCUGGUCUUGGGUGUUUCAUGUCAUCUCGUGCCCCCGCCUUACCUGCACACAUCUGCAUACACAUACAUAGGGCUUGGCCCCCUGGCAUUACCCAGGCUUGCCUCUGCCCUAGGCCUCUUGUGCCAGGUGGGUUGAAACACGUUCACUGCGUAAGCCAGUGCCACUGAGCGUGUGCCGGUGAAGCCACUGGUGGGAAGUGUGCUGGGUGCUGGCAUAAAUGGUACCAGCUGAGCUGCCAGUCUGCGAUUCCCUGUGGCCCCCACAGGCUUCUGUGUCCAGGGGUCAGUUCCGCACCACAGAAGACUGUGCCUAGGCUGCUGCUGUCUCACACCUGCCCAUCCUGUCUGCAGGUGAUAUGGGAAGGCUGCUUCCCUCUGCCUCUCCUAGCAGGAGUCCGGCCUUACACUGGAGACACUGGCUGGCGGUCACUGGGAUUUCUGUUGAGGAUGAAAUGUAAUGCUUCCUGCCCCCAGCAACACAGCGGAUGCAAAGCUUCUGUGUCUCAGAUGGAAUCCCGGGCCUUGGGGUUACUCAGCUGGCCUCUCCGACAGAUUCUGAUUCCCACAGGCUGCAGGAUGUAGAUAACCUAGUAAAAGUCAUGCUCAAACAGGCAUUCAGUUUAUUUACAAAGAAAACUUUGUUCACUUUGAUUUCUGACUUGAAACAAAUAUAAAUGAAUGGCUUCUAUAGGAAGAUACCUGCUCUAAAACAAAACUGAAGGUGAUUUUGAGGAAUCCUAUGGAUGAUAUAUUAAGUCUGGGUACCAUUUUGCUGGUGAUGGAGUGGCUAAGAUCCAGGGAGGACUUUGCCUUCACUCCUAAAUGUUUAAGGUUUGAUGCUUGGUCCUAAAGCAAUUCUCUUGAAGUUUGUGUGGCGCUGGUUAGAACUGGAUCUUGGGGAGGGUGGACAGCCACACAACAAGAAGGGACUUGGGGUUCCCAAGGCUUAUGUAUACAGUGAAGAUGCUCUGGGGGCUGUGGGAAAGCAGGGGUCCUCUUAAGUUAGCGAACAUUCAGCUUGUCUGCUUCAGUAUUUGACCCAGAUGGGACAGUUUUCUCGUCUCACACGUGAGAGACAAGGGAAACCAUCGUCCCCUUCUAUUCCUUUUGGUGCACAGGUGCUGGGAAAAUGUGAACUAGCAGCAGUGUAAUUACAGAACAUUGACGGAGUUCCACCAGACAAGGCCAGCACUGGCAAAUGGUCAGGCAGGGCCGAUAUUGGCUUUGUUUAUAAUAUUGCCUUUUGCAGCCUGGGGUGUGAGAGUAUUUAAGGUGAAAUGCCAUGGUUCAGGUGAAAGUCUCUGAUCAUUCCCCUAUUUGGCUUGACAUUUACAUGAUUCCUUGAAUCUUAUUCAAGGAGUUGCUCCUUCCCUGUUCUUUGCUGCCCAAGGCCUGAUAGCUCCCCUGUCCUUUCUGGAUGGGGGCAGGUUGGGUCCUCCAGCCUCAUGAUGGAGCCAGCGUGCAUACCCAUCAGUGAGAAGGCCCACACAGUAUUCCUCAUGCCCUGUGCUAAUGUUUCCUCUGUAAGGGACAGAUGGAACUGUUUCUCGUUUUCAGUCCAUUUUUGGCAGAGUAAAUAUAACUAACUUAUAUUUUCCCUUUACAAAGGAUAGAAGUUAUUUUUAUGUCAUUUCAAAACUUUAUACAAAACUUUUGUAAAAUUUUCUCUGCAAAGUUUAACUGCAAGAAUGUAAAUAUGCUUCUAAUAAAAUAACAGGGUGAGAGAC